AUGAAUUCCGCAAACUAACCUCUGAGGACAUGACUCUUCGUGCAGCACUAGAAUGCUUCAGCGCAUCAGCUCGACUCAUCUCCGCACCUCCAUUAUUAACCAGGUCUGUUCUUCUCUAUCACCAUUCUUUCCCCUUAAACUUCAUCAGUUUUUCGCUGCUUUUCUUAGCAAUUCCUCGUCAUCUAACAAAUUAAGCAAUACCCACUUUAAUUCUUCUCCAGUUAGUCCCCCAUUUGUUGGAAAUUUGGUGUUUUCCAAAUGUUCCCAUUUGUGGGAUCAUCGAAUUGAUAAGUCUACUAUUGCUAGUUCUUCUAUAAAUCAACUGAUUUUGAAUAUUUCUUAUGUAUCCCCUAAAAUUUGCCGCAAAUUUUUGAGGGUUUUAAGUUGGAAACCUGAGGAUGUGCUUGAAAUUUUACUGGGUUUUCAAUUGGGUAGUGAAAGUUUGAGGAUUGAUGUUGAAGUUGUUGAAUCUUUGUGGGAGAUUUUUAGGAGGGUUGAUGAUAGAAAUGUGGGGUUUAAGCAUUUGCCUCAAUCUUAUGAGGUUAUGGCAUCUAUGCUUGUUAAUAAGGGGAUGUUUGGGGAGGUUGAAUCUUUGUUAUCGACUGCGAAAACCCAAGGAAUUUUACUGGCUAAUGAGGAAGUUUUCAGUCGUUUAGUUGAGGGAUAUGCUAAUAUGGGUGAAUUGGAUAGGGCAUUUUUGAUGUAUGAUGCAAUGAAGGGGCUAUCUUUAGCUCCAUCAUUGGCAUGUUAUCGUUCGCUACUCAGCCCUUUGAUGAAGGAAGGUAGAGUUGAUCAAGCGAUUCGUGUUUAUGAGGAUGUAGUUGAGGUGGGUUUCAAUAUAGGUGAUGUUGAACCCAAGAAUUUGGAGAAUUUAAUUAGUUUUCUAUGUUGGGAUGGGAAGAUUAGGGAAGCUAGGAAGCUUCUAAAGAAAAUUGUGGUUUCUGGAUGGAAACCAAAUACAGUGAUUUUGAGUAAGGUUGCGGAUGUGUACUAUGAGAAGAAGGAUUUCGAAGAUCUUUUGAGUUUCUUUGUUGAAAUGAAAUGUGCCCCGGAUAUCUUUGUUGGUAAUAAGAUUAUACGUUCCUUGUGCAGUAAUUUUGGUAUUGGAAGAGCAGAUUCAUUUUUGUGGGAGUUAGAGAGAUUAGGUUUUGUCCCGAAUGAGAUAACCUUUGGCAUCUUUAUCAGUUGGAGUUGCCUUGAUGGUGCCUUUUUUUAUCUCUCUGAGAUUUUGUCUAGAGGCCUGAAACCUGAUAGGCACUCCUAUAAUGCACUUAUCAGUGGUUUGUUCAAGGCUGGUAUGCAAGAGCAUGCCCGAGAAAUCUUCAAUGAAAUGAUUGGUAAUGGGGUAAAACCUAAUCUUGCAACUUUUAGAGCUCUUUUAGCCGGGUAUUCUAAUGCCAGGCUAUUCAAUGAGGUCGAACUAAUGAUGUCUGAGAUGGUAAAUCAUGGUUUGAUUACCCUCCCAGAUUCAGAAAAUCCAAUAUCGAAAGCGUUUGCUAUUUUGGGGCUUAAUCCAUUGACCGUAAAGUUGAAGAGGGACAACGAUGUUAAGAGUUUUAGAACUGAAUUUGUUGAUACUUUGGGGAAUGGUCUUUAUCUAGACACAAACGUGGAUGAGUUUGAGAAGACUGUAAUGGGUGUUCUUGAAGAUUCUUUGGUUCCAGACUUUAACUUGCUUGUGAUGAGGCAAUGUAGUGUCAACAAUGUUAAAGAGGCACUGUUAAUGGUUGAUGAGAUGCUUCAGUGGGGACAAGAAUUCUCACUUCCGGCUCUUUCUGUAUUGGUAAGAUUGCUUUGUGAAUCAAAUUGCCAUAUCAAGGCAAUUCCAGCUCUCCUAGAUAAAGUGUUUCAGCGUUUUGGCGAGCUAGAUUGUGAAACUCUCAAUUGUAUUAUCAAGGCUUUAGGUGAAGGAGGCUUCGUAGAUGAGUGCAGGUUACUUCUUCAAGAAAUGUACAGAAGGCAUCUACCAAUCUCCAACACAACAUAUACUGCCACAAUUGUGGCUUUUUGCAAGCUUGGGAGCAUGAGUGACAUUCUUUACUGCUGGGGUCAUGCACGGAAAGACAAUUGGUCACCUGAAUGGGGUGAUUUUAUCAUUAUUUUGGAAAAUUUAUGCCACAGAAGAAUGCUUGAAGAAGUUCUUGGGCUUUUUGACAUUAUGCUGGCAGCGGACCCUGACUUGCAAAUUCAAAUUUGUGAUGUGUUUUUUGAAAAGCUUUCUUCUAAUGGCCUCACUUGUGUGGGGGAUAUCUUGGUUAAAGAACUCAAACGGAAGAAUUUUGAGUUGGACCACACUGUUUAUAGCCGUCUUAUUAAAGGCUACUGUCUGGAGAAAAGAUUUUCAGAAGCCUUAAUGACAUUUGAUGAAAUUCGAGCUGAUAAUUUGGCCUUGUCACCAGAUGCUCUUAUGUUGUUAAUCCCUAAGCUUUGCAAGUUCAAUAGAUUUAAAGAAGCAGUUGCUCUAAUAGAUGCAGGUUUCAAGGACCAUCCUUCUGUCUUGUUCUCCCUUCACAGCGCUCUUGUUAUUGGUUGCUGCAGGGCUGGAAAAGUUGCAGUGGCAGAUGGUUUAUUUCAAGAAAUGUUCUUGCAAAAUAAUCAUCCAAAGGGUGAGAUUUAUAAUUCAUUGCUUCAAGCUCGUUGCCAAAGUGGUAAUCUGAAGACAGCGAAAGAGCUAUUUUGUGUCAUGAUGAAGAGGAGUAUCAAUCUCUCAGUCUUCAGUUACCGGGAUCUGAUAUACCUGUUAUGCAAAGUGGGGAUGUUACAUUUUUUGCGGGGGCUAAAGAAUUUCAUGGCUAUUGGAAAUAAUACUCCCUAUUCCCUUGUACAUAACAUUUUUACUAUCUGUCUCUUCCGAACAGAGAAACAUCACCUUGUUGAUGCACUUUUGGAUGAACUAGAAGAAAGCAGGCAGCAACUUGAUGAAGUUGGUUACAAUAUCCUGAUACAUGGGUUUUCAGUUUGCAAAGAUAUGCCUAGGUCGAUGAAAUUCCUGAAUGACAUGAUUAUUAAGGGCCUUAGACCAAGCAAUCGUAGCCUCAGAGCUGUAAUACGCUACUUGUGUAAAAAUGGAGAAAUUCAGAAUGCUUUAGAAUUGAGUAAUCAGAUUGAAUCAAGAGGAUGGUGUCUUUGUCCUACUGUACAUUUUGCAAUUCUGGAGGGCCUUUUCUCUUGUGGUAGAAUACAUCAAGCAGAAAGAUUUCUGGCUCAAUUCUUCGAGAAAGGUUCAACUUCUGAAACCAGUUACUAUAACAAUUUAAUACGGAACUUCUGCAAUUAUGGGAGACUGGAAACUGCAGUAAAUCUCCUGGAUCAAAUUUUGAAGAACAAGAGCAUACCUGAUGCAUCCUCCUAUGACUGUGUUGUUCAAAGUUUUUGCGUGUACAACAACUUGGAUUGUGCUAUGGAUUUCUUUAAUGAGAUGUUUUAUAGGAAUCUUAGACCAAGUAUAGGGACUUGGGACAUACUGAUUCAGAAGUUCUGCAAAAACGGACAAACUAAGGACGCAGAAUGCCUUCUGAUUUCAAUGAUCGAAGUUGGUGAAACUCCUACUAAGCGGAUGUACUCCUCAGUGAUUGAUAGAUAUCAGUUCGAGAACAACCUGUCCAAGGCAUCAGAAUUACUGAACUGGAUGCAGCGACAAGGUUAUGAACCUGAUUUUGGAACUCAGUGGUCACUUAUUAGCAGUUUAAGCUACUCCAAUGAUCGGAAAAGUAACAAUGACAAUGAAGGUUUUCUAUCAAAGCUGCUUGUGAAAAGUGGAUUCCCUUUAGAAAGUCCGAAGUCCAAACUGAAGUGAUGUAUGUUCUCUUUUUGUAACUUGUUUUCUUUUCUCAUCCCACAAUGAGUUAUAAGACUUUAGCAAAAUGUACAUACUAGUAAUUUAUCUUAUACUAUGAGAAACAUUUGGCUUGCGUUACCAAGCCUAAUUA